CUCGUAUGAGCUCUAAUCUCUGGUGCUUGCCAGAAGAUGCCAGAAUGCACGGAUGUGACGUUAGGGCGACACCGGAAUUGCUGCUAAGGGGAAAGAAAAAUGGCGAAUCUCGUGGAGGCGACAAGUCAACAGCAGUUUGAAGAUUUCUUAGCUAAAGCUGGAAAAUGUCUGACCGUAGUGCAUUUCCAGGCGGCGUGGGCUCCUCAGUGCGGCCACAUGAACGAAGUGAUGGCCGAGCUUGCCAAGGAACACACACAUACUACGUUUGUCAAGCUAGAGGCGGAAGCGGUGCCGGAAGUGUCGGAGAAGUAUGAAAUUGCCUCUGUCCCCACUUUCCUUUUCUUCAAGGGAGGAGAGAAGGUGGACCGCCUGGACGGGGCCCAUGCUCCGGAGUUGACCAAGAAGGUACAGCGCUUAGCAGUCGCCGGGAGUCCGGACGGAGGUGCAGAAAGCAGCACAACGGACCUGAACCAACGGCUAAAGAAGCUGAUCAACGCGGCCCCCUGCAUGCUCUUCAUGAAGGGGUCCCCACAGGAGCCCCGCUGUGGCUUUAGCCGGCAGAUAGUGGCCCUGCUGAAGGAACACAACAUCCAGUUCAGCAGCUUUGACAUCCUGUCUGACGAAGAGGUCCGACAGAAGCUGAAGACCUAUUCCAACUGGCCCACCUACCCUCAGCUGUAUGUGAAUGGAGAGCUGGUGGGAGGACUGGACAUUGUGAAGGAGCUGGCUGAGUCUGGAGAGCUGGAGAACACCUGCCCUAAGGCCAUCACCUUGGAGCACCGUCUGAAGACCCUCAUCAACCAGAACCGAGUCAUGCUGUUCAUGAAGGGCAACAAGGAGGCUGCAAGAUGCGGCUUCAGCAGGCAGACACUGGAGAUUUUGAAUGGAACCGGGGUGGAUUAUGACACCUUUGAUAUUCUGCAGGAUGAAGAGGUGCGCCAGGGGCUCAAGACAUACUCUAAUUGGCCAACCUACCCUCAGCUCUACGUGAAAGGAGAGCUCGUCGGUGGUUUGGACAUACUCAAGGAGCUGAAGGAGAGUGGAGACCUGGUAUCAGUGCUGAAGGGGGAGUCAUAGGUGAAUUUGCCAUCAGAGAGAGGGAACAAGAAGCUACUACACAUGCCCAGAUCGGCCCAAUGUCACAUUACACAGAAGAUCAGGAAGUGAAAGAAACAAGAAAUUAGAUUUAAAGUUUUUCACUUAUAGCCAAACUACUGUAGCAUGUGGAUAGGUUCAUGUUCAUGAUUUUAAGAAAAUGCAGUUCCAGUCUUCUGGUUUUCACCCUGAAAUUUCCAUAGCAUUUGAGGGUUUUACUCUUGGAACUAUAUCGUAAGAUAAGCUUGAAGUGAAAGUUAAACAGUCCCUAUGUGACCACGGGAAAAUAUACUAAAAACAGUUGGCUUUAGUUCAUGUUAUCUGGUGUGCGCAUUUUGGGUUACAUCUGUCAUCCUAGUAUUCAUAAACUCACAGUUCAGUUUGGUGCAGGCCCUAACUUUUCAUUCCUGUCCACACCUUCUUCACCUGAAAGACAUAUUUAACUAUAUCCAAGAAUCACUCUGGUUUAAAUACUUAGAACUAAUUCUAUGUGGCACUUAUUGAUAUUUUGUUCAUCAAAAAUAUGAUUAAACAAUUAAAAAAAAAUCCCACAAGAUUUGGUGUUGUUUUUGGUUACUUUCAUUAACUCACUGAAAUCCCACAUUCAAAAAUAAGAAUGCAACAAGACCUUUAACAUAAUAUCUGAUCAGCAAAAGGUGUUCACAUCGCAUUGAUUUUGGUGUGUCUGUUGUCAUAAACCCAGCAUAUCCAUAAUGCUUGGCUGUAGUUCAACUGCCACAGUACAGGUGGUAAUAAAAAAAAAAUCACUGUACCACUGAAAACAAAAAUCAGUUACAAGCAUCACAAUUGUAGUAAUUAACAGUAAUUCUCUGCACAGGUGAGGAGGGAAAAAGGUUGUCCUGCUCACCUCAUUUUAGUAAAAUAUACACAAUUAAGUGUGCAGGAGCUAGAAGUAAU